AUGUCUUCGUACGGGGUUUUCUUCGCGCUAUUUGGAGCAAUACUUAUCUCUGGUGCUCAUGGAGCCAAUAUACUGGGCGUAUUUAGUUGCCCCGCACCAUCACAUUUGAUUAUCGAAAUGUCAAUGGCGAAAGUCUUAGCCGAGAAUGGACACAACGUGACAGUGGUUACAACUCUCCAGCCUGUUGUGACCCAUAAAAACAUUAAGGUCAUUCUAGUGCCUAUGACGAAGGAGCAACAAGAAGGGGUGAAUAAGAUGAUGGCCAGCGUUAUACAGACAGAUAAUAGCGAUACAGGCACAGCUUUUUUGCGUAUGCGUAGCCAAUUAAAGAUCAUGUUUGAUAAGAAUCGUGAAGUCAUGGAGGAUCAACGCGUCAAAGAUCUCUACGAGAACAAAGACAACAAGUUCGAUUUGGUAAUGCUUGGAUACUUCUUGAAUAACUUUCAAUUGGCUAUUGCUCAAAAACUGAAAGUUCCCGUUGUGAUUGCAUCAUCCACAUUUCAAUGGGGAGUGUUCGACAGCAUGACUGCAAAUCCAGCUGACAUCGCUUAUGUUCCGGCGAUGGGCGUCAAUUUCAAUAAGGGACCAAUAGAUUUAAAACAACGUUUUUCCAACUUUAUUUCAACGCUUUUUGAGAAGCUUUUUGUCUACCUAAUUGAAAAAGAUAAUGCCGAAGUUUACUAUGACCUCUAUGGUAACGAUCCUGAUAUGCCAACUUAUGAUGAAUUGAAUAGGAAUGUGUCAUUAGUUCUCUUCAAUUCACAUGGCAUCAGCGAAGGUCCCAUUAGACCCAAUGUGCCAGGAGUAAUCGAAGUUGGAGGCAUUCAAAUUAAAGAUACACCAGAUCCCUUGCCCCAAGCGAUGUCUGAAUUCCUAAAUAAUGCAACUGACGGUGCUAUCCUGCUUAGCUUGGGAUCAAACAUUCAAGGAAAAUUUCUGAAUCCAGAAACUGUUCAGAAGAUGUUCAAAGUUUUGUCAAAAUUGAAACAGCGAGUUAUUUGGAAGUGGGAAGAUAUAGACAACACUCCUGGAAAAUCUGCGAAUAUUAUGUACUCCAAGUGGCUUCCUCAGGAUGAUAUUCUGGCGCAUCCAAAGAUCGUUCUCUUCAUAAACCAUGCUGGACGUGGCGGCAUUACAGAGUCACAGUAUCACGGAAAACCAAUGCUCUCACUUCCAGUCUUUGGAGAUCAACCUGGAAACGCAGAUAAGAUGGUAUCUGAUGGCUUUGGCCUCAGCAUGUCGCUGUUGGCUUUGGAGGAGAAGCCUUUCCGGGAUAAUGUUAUUGAACUUCUCGAAAAUCCGAAGUACACUCAGAAGGUUAAGGCCUUCUCUGAAUUAUUCAGAGAUCGACCAUUGACUGCUCGUCAGACUGUGCUCUACUGGACUGAGUAUGUGCUUCGCCAUCAUGGUGCUCCUCAUCUGCAAUCUCCCCUCUUGCGGCUGAACUUUGUGGAAGCACAUAAUAUUGAUCUCUACGCUGUGAUUAUAGUUGCUCUUGUAGUUAUCCUAUUUAUAAAUAAGAUAUUAUUGACAUUGCUUUAUAGAAAACUAAUAGGAAAUUCAAAGAAGAAGACAAAUGCUAAAAAGACAAAUUAAAAUAAAAUGAUCUAGCAUACCUUCAA